AUGUCGCCAACCCCAGAUGGCGAACGCGCCUCCAAAAAGAGAAAGCUUAACGACAAGAAUGUCAUCAAAGUCGGCAACAAAGUGAUCUCUCUCGAGGGCUACCUCAACCCUCCCGCCAAGAAGGAGAAGGUGGUCAAGCAGGAACCGAAGCAGGCACUCGAAACGACAGAAAAUGAGGCAUCAAAAUCCGUGACAGAAGAUGCGAAGAAGCCGGAACACACAGCACCAUCUUUCAUCAAGCACCAAUCGAAAAGGCCGCACGACAAGGGCAGGCCGAGAUCAGACCGAGGGCCAAGAUGGAGGGAAGACCCGGCUUUAUUGAAAAUCCGGCAGAAACUGCCCAUUUGGGCUCACCGGGAAGACAUUCAGGCACGGAUGCGACAAAAAGACGUCCUUCUUCUCGUUGGUGAGACCGGUUCCGGUAAAAGUACUCAGGUGCCCCAGUUCCUGGUGAGGGAGCCGUGGUGUAGGAGACAGGUGGUCAGCGUGGAUGGACGAGAGGCCAGCGUCGGCGGCAUGAUCGCGGUCACGCAACCUCGUCGAGUUGCCGCCACGACUUUGGCCCAUCGAGUCUCGCGGGAAGCCGGGACGCCGCUCGGGGAGAGUCGCGAGGGAAUGGUUGGUUACUCGGUUCGUUUUGACCAUCAAGUACCCAAGGGGACGAAGAUUAAGUUCCUUACCGAGGGUAUGCUCCUGCAGGAGCUGUUGCGGGACCCGAGUUUGAAGCAAUACAGCGCGGUGGUCGUUGACGAAAUUCACGAGAGAAGCGUCGAUGUCGACCUGGUGUCCGGUUUCCUCAAGCAGAUUCUUCUGGGCGAUCGGAAGGGCCGUGGCGGCAUUCCUCUUAAAGUCAUCGUCAUGAGUGCUACUGCCGACGUUGAACGGAUUCAGGGUUUCUUCAAUACUGAGGAGGGGAGUACCGUCGAGGAUGUCGAAGGCAACAAGUCCAGCUCAGUCGAGGUCCUCAAGAUUCAGGGCCGCCAGUACCCGGUCAAGACGGUACAUACCCCGAAGCCGGUGCCAGAUAUCCAGGAAUCUCUUCUGCAGACCAUUUUCAAGAUCCACACAGAAGAGCCGUUGCCAGGCGACAUUCUGGCUUUCUUGACGGGUCAGGAGGAGAUCGAGUCUGCGCAGUCGCUCAUAGAGGAGUAUGCCGCAACGCUGGCAUCCAAUGUUCCGAAGAUCAAAGUUCUUCCUUUAUUUGGCCAGCUUUCGAUGGAAGGACAGCACGCGGCUUUCCAGCCUGUCAAGGGUGGUUUUACGAGAAAGAUCGUGCUGGCAACCAACAUCGCCGAGACGUCUGUCACUGUCCCCGGUGUGCGCUACGUGGUGGACGGCGGCAAGGCCAAGGUUAAGCAGUUCCGCGCUCGCCUCGGCAUGGAGUCACUCCUGGCCAAGCCAAUUUCCAAAUCGUCUGCAAUCCAAAGGACCGGUCGUGCCGGUCGUGAAGGGCCCGGUAAAUGCUUCAGGUUAUACACUGAAGGCACAUUCGGUUCUUUGGAGGAAACCGACCUACCAGAGAUCUUGAGGAUCGAUGUCCUGGGUGCUGUUCUGACAAUGAAGGCCAGAGGGAUUGACGAUAUUCUUGGGUUCCCCCUGAUGGAUACCCCGGAUAUCGAGGCCAUCGAGAGAGCACUAGUCAGUCUCCAUGGUCUCGGCGCGCUUGCAGACGACGGCACCAUCACCGAAGCCGGUCGCAAAAUGGCUGGUUUCCCCAUCGCAGCGCCCCUGGGUGCCGUGCUCCUGGCAUCCGCCAAACCCGAGUUUGACUGCGUUCUCGAAGCCAUCGACAUCAUUUCCUGCAUCACCUCGGGCGACGACAUUUUUCACCAGCUCCAGUCCGAAGAACAGCGCGAGGAGAUCGAGGAGCUUCGCAAGGAGCUCUACCGCCGCGAGGGCGACAUCAUCACGUACCUCACGACGAUGCAGCAGUAUGCCGCCGAGAACGCCGACCGCAUCCAGUGGUGCAAGAAGAGAAAGGUCAACAUCCGUAACAUGAAGACGGCGCUCAACAUCCGCAAGCAGCUCCGCAGCCUCUGCCUCAAGGAGGGCCUGCUCUCCGAGGCCCCGCCGCCGGACCCGCAGCCCUUUACGCCGCUUGCCCCUGAGCAGGCCGAGGCGCUGCUCAAGUGCUUCCUGCGCGGCUUCGUCUCCAAGACGGCCGUGCUGGCGCCGGACGCGAGCUAUGUCACGUCGCAAGGCAAGCACGUCGUCGCGAUCCACCCAGCGAGUGUAUUGCAUGGGCAGAAGAAGGAAGCCAUCAUGUUUCUGGAACAUGUGUUCACGCAGAAGAACUAUGCCAAGAAGGUCAGCGUCAUCCAAGCAAACUGGAUCAUAGAGGCGUUGGAGGGCGGCGCAUAG